AUGAAGGAUAAACGUCGCCUUUAUAUUGCCAUCCGCAAGGAAACCAUAGAGGAGAAGUACAGCCUCUCAAACCCAUAUCGUUGGAUGAUUCUCAUAUGCGACAAGAACGAAGACGAACGCCAAGUCCCUGGUAUCCGAGUUACUACCACCCUAGGGAACGGGGUCCACUGGGAAUACAUCCUGGAUGUGAAGAAGAAUGAACCUUUCAUAGCUCGAUUCAUGAUCGGAAAAAUCAGAUACGAGGACGUAGUGAAGAGAGCUAUUGCAGAGGUUCAGACACCUGCCCACAUCGAUUAUACCUCUCGAGACUGGAUAAAGGCUGUUUUAGAGAAUCUGAAAAGCCUACGCGGGGAGGAUACAAUGGCGCUGCCCACCAACACGAGGCUGGAUUGGGAAGACCUCACUGACCAAAUUCACCAGUAUCUUCAUAACAAAAUUCAAAUCGGCGUAUUGCAGAUGGUCAAGGAUAAGGGCAAGGAGGAGUAUGAGUUUUGGGAAGAGCAUCAUUGGCCAGAGGGCAAGCCCAGGCUAGCCAUGAACUUGUUGGAGAACAUAGAGAUACAUGACGGAAAAUAG